AUGAAUUUAAAUGAAAAUGCAUUGCUCUAACUCAGCAGUAGAGUUGCUUAGCCCAGGAGAGCCACUGUCUUUAGUUAUACUAAAAAAGGGUUGAAUCUGAGGCCAGAUAGUCCUAAGACCAGGGAGGCUUGUCUGGCUUUGGGUUAUGAUCCCUCUAUCUUCAAACUCAAAAAAUUGGAAGAAUUUGGUGGGCCCAAUGUCACUGAAGCAGUUCAGAAAAUGAGAUUUGAUCAUUAUGUAAAAAAAAUGGAGAUUACAUUCAAGGAGAUCUCCAAGAAGAGAAAAUAAAUAACCAAGAAGAAUAAAGGAUUGCAAAAUAUUUAAUUAGAAAAAUCAUUCCAUCGAGAUGAGGGUUUGAUCAAUGAUUUGAUAGAAACUUACAACAAAAAGAUGGUUAACCUCAAGAUACAGGAAGAGGAAAAUGACAAUUCCUACGAAUCCUUCGACGAAGAAGAUCCAGUUCUAGUCUUGGAAGAAUAAUUGGAGAAGGAGAUCAGAAAAUAUAAGAGAGCUCUCGGAGUGAAGGCCAAGGAAGUUCAUCAUCAGUUGGAGAAUGAGAAGAGAAGACAUUUGUUGCAAUAAGACAUGGAAGAAAGAGAAAAAAAGAUUGCUGAAUUAAAUGAAAAGAUCAGGAAGGAGAAGAUGUUAAAGAAGAAAAAGAAAUUGGAAGCUGCUUAAAAGAAAUUUAAUGAAAUCAAAAACAAAGAAAAACAAUUUAACCUAAAAUAAAUUGAUGAACGCAAGAGGUAAUUAGAAAGAUUUGAAGAAUUGGGAAAAAAAUUAUAACUCGAUGAACAAAUUAAGAAAAAAGAAAUUGAAGAACAUGAAAAAACAUUAAGAUAAAAAUUUGAAACCGUCAGAGCCAACAAAAGAAAAUUUGAUAAAUUUAUGGAAGACAAAAUGACACUUACUCUAUCCAAUUUGCAAGUUAAAUAAAAUGAGUGCAAUACAAAUAAAGAGAAGUUUACAUGGGAAAGUAAAUUAGAAAAAUUGACUAUGAGGAGUUCUCAUUAUGAUGAAAAACUAAGAAAAAUUAAACUGCAAACUGAAUAAAAGGAAGCAGAAACUAUUUAGAAAGUUGUCGAAAAAAUGUUUAAUAAAGAAUAAGAACUAUAAAUGCUUGAAAAACAAAAGUAAAUUAAUGAAUAAGCAAAACUAAAGGAAGAACUUACCAAACGCAAAAAAGCCUAGGAUUCAUUGAAAAAAAUCUAGUCACUAUAAUUGCAACGAGUUACCGAUCUAGAGAAGAAGUUCUUGGAUUAAGAUGAGUUGACUAGCAGACGAAAAGAUGAAAAAGACUUUUAAAAGUAUAUAAGAAAAGAGAAAAUGAAAAUUAAAUAGCAAGACUUGAUCGAAAAUUAUUAAAGAUAAGAAAGACUUAAAGAUUUAAGAUUUAAAUAAGUGAUUAAAGAUAGUCAAUAGUUAAAUGAGCAAAAGGCUUUAGAAAAACUCUCCAUGGAGUUGGUCAGAAAGGCUCAAUAAGAAUUGCAAAGAAAACUUAAAUAAGAGAAUGAACAUCUAGAUAGAAGUUUAGUCUCUGUUAGCUAAGCAGAUAAUAAAUCUAUGGGGUAUUUAUUUCUUACUAUUUACACAGAAACCUUGUGA